AAAACCCUCGACAGAUAGGACUUGGAAGAAUUAGGAAUGGCGGGGAUUUUCAAGGGAGCGACAGGGGCGUUUGCGAUGACGCCUCACAAGGUGUCGGUCUGUAUAAUGUUACAGAUCUACGCCACCCCGGCGCAGAUCACCGUGCCAUUCCCUUUCUCCUCCGUCGCUCAGCAUAACCGCCUCGGCCUCUACUUGUUGGCUCUCACUAAGUCGUGUGAUGAUAUUUUGGAGCCGAAGCUGGAAGAUCUCUUAAAUCAACUGAGGGAUAUUGGGGGUUCUUUAGAUCAUUGGUUGAUGGAUCACUUAACGAGCAGGCUAUCGGCUUUAUCUUCACCUGACGAUUUGUUCAAUUUCUUUAGUGAGAUGCGCGGAAUUCUUGGAGGCUCUGAUUAUGGUGUUGUGGAUGACGACCAAGUUAUUUUGGACUCAAACAGCAAUCUCGGGAUGUUUCUCCGACGAUGUGUACUUGCUUUUAACCUAUUAUCUUUUGAGGCCGUUUGCCAUCUUUUAACAAAUAUAGGGAUCUACUGUAAAGACGCUCUCUCGAGUUGCUCAUCUUAUGAGUUGCGUCGUUUAGAUGAUUCUAGUCACAAUAUGGAGACAUUAACAGAGUAUGAAAAUAUGGAUCUCGAGAAUUUCGUCUUUGAGAGAGUUACUGAAGAAAUUGAAGCAAGAAAAAAGGCCAAUGAAAAGGUUACUUUUCACCUUCAUGCACCCAAAACCCUUUCUGGUUUGGUUGAAGAUUUAGGGGUUCCUGCUGACCCCCAAUCCAGACUUGGUGACAAAGGCAGAGAACAUCAUUCAAAUCCCCCUUGUGAUGUAUUGAGAGAUAUUGACUGCGAAAGUGGGGUAUUCUUACGCACAAUUUGGCAGGUGCAAGGCUAUUUAAUGGAGCAAGCUGAUGCAAUAGAGAAGCAUGGCAGUUCUUUCUCUCUAAAUGCCUUUGAACUUAUUCUAAAGCAGCUUCAAAAGUUGGCCCCUGAACUACAUCGAGUUCACUACUUACGUUAUCUGAAUAGCCUUUAUCACAAUGAUUAUUUUUCUGCUUUGGAGAAUCUUCACUGCUAUUUUGAUUACUGUGCAGGGACAGAAGGAUUUGAUUUUAUUCCACCUGCUUCUGGAUGCAAUAGUUUUGGAAGAUAUGAGAUCGCUUUACUUUGUUUGGGAAUGUUGCAUUUCCACUUUGGUCAUCCUAGACAAGCUUUGGAGGUUUUAACUGAAGCAGUUCGUGUCUCUCAACAGCACAGUAAUGACACUUGUCUUGCAUACACUCUAGCAGCUAUCUGUCACUUGUUGUCUGAGAUGGGUAUCUCAAGUACAUCUGGAAUACUUGGAAGAUCAUACUCUCCUAUGACCAACAUAGGCACCUCUCUCUCUGUAAAGCAACAAUUGUUUGUUCUCUUAAAAGGCUCACUAAAAAGAGCUGAAAAUUUAAAGUUGAAACGAUUGGUGGCUUCAAAUCAUCUUGCCAUGGCCAAAUUUAAUUUAACGCAUGUGCAAAGGCCCCUGCUGUCAUUUGGUCCCAAAGCUUCCAUGAAGCUUAGAACAUGUCCCAUCAAUGUUUGCAAGGAAAUAAGAUUAUGUUCUCGUUUAAUUGGUGACUUUGACUCCGAAAGCGGUUUGAUGACAACUGAAGGGGCCCUUAGUGCCGUAUGGCUUAAGAAUCUGCAGAAACCAGUGGGUUCACUAGUUUUAACCCAAGAGAAUGGAUCUGGAGUCAAUUAUAAUUCUUUCCAGUUCUGUGGGCAGCAAAGUUCAAUUCCUGGAUCUGUGUUGCAAUUAGUAGGUUCUUCGUAUUUACUACGUGCCACUGCUUGGGAGAUAUAUGGAAGUGCCCCUCUUGCUCGAAUAAAUGCACUGCUUUAUGCGACUUGCUUUGCUGAUGCUUCAAGUUCAUCUGAUGCUGCAUUGGUGCACAUGAAGCUCAUCCAACAUUUGGCAAUAUCUAAAGGUUAUAGAGAGGCCUUUGCAGCUUUUCAAGUAGCAGAAGAGAAGUUUUUAUCGGUCUCAAAAUCAAGAAUGUUGCUUCUAAAACUGCAGCUGCUCCAUGAGUGUGCUUUACAUAGAGGGCAUUUAAAGCUUGCCCAACAAGUAUGUGAGGAGCUUGGAGUUUUAGCAUCCCCUGUUACUGGUGUCGACAUGGAACUGAAGACAGAAGCCAGCCUUCGCCGUGCUCGCACAUUGCUCGCUGCAAACCAGUUCAGCCAGGCCGCGGCUGUUGCACAAUCGCUCUUUUGUAUGUGUUACAAAUACAAUCUGCAGGUUGAGAAUGCCACUGUGCUUCUUCUGCUUGCCGAAAUUCAUAAGAAAUCUGGCAACGCGGUUUUAGGCCUUCCGUAUGCUUUGGCCUGCCUCUCGUUUUGUCAAUCAUUGAACCUGGAUCUUCUAAAAGCAUCAGCAACCCUUACCCUUGCUGAGUUGUGGCUUUCGCUUGGCUCAAACCAUGCAAAAAGGGCUCUAACCCUUGUACAUGAGGCUCUGCCAUUGGUUCUUGGUCAUGGAGGUCUUGAACUUCGUGCAAGGGCAUUUAUUGUCGAAGUAAAAUGUUAUCUUUCAGAUCCAAGCUUUUCAGUUUCUGAAGAGUUUGAUAUUGUGUUGGAUCCUUUACAGCAAGCUUUAGAGGAUCUCCAGGUUUUGGAGUAUCAUGAAUUGGCUGUUGAAGCCUUCUAUUUAAUGGCCAUUAUAUACGAUAAAUUGGGACAACAUGAGAAAAGAGAAGAAGCUGCUGCAUCAUUCAGGAAACACAUUACCGCUCUGGAGAAUCCAGAGAAUAAUGAAGAUCAUCUCCUCAAUAUGUUAUGAAGAUGAUUCAAGUUGCAUUUUCUUUUGCAAUUCGUGCAUAUUAUCGGAUGGUGGCUGCUUUUACCCCAGUUUUGGUUGGAUGUAAAUCUUAAUUUCGACUUUCUUCAGUUCUUGUCAAAUCCCUAAGAGAAUAUGGCCACCUUGUGAUCCGUUUUAAACUUGGCAUGGUGAUCCCGUGCGCACAGCAGACUAUCAAUUUAGUGCUGAGCCUAAAAGUCCAAGUUCGGUAAUGUAUCACAAAUGUAAUGUUGUACCAAGAAGUUGUAAUUUGUGUAUUAUCCCUUGUAUAUCAAGGAUUCUUUGGGACUCUAAUUUCUUCUAAUCGUGAUUUUUUUUUUAUU